AACAAUUAGUAUCAGAGCAAGGGCUUCAAUUUGAAGGUUUAACCACCUAGGAGUUGAUCAAGGAUGGCUCAAUUUCAAGCUUCUCAACCACUUGAAGGUUUGUCUACCACUAGGCCUCCUUUCUUUGAUGGUACUAAUUAUAAUUAUUGGAAGAAUAGGAUGAAGGUCUUCAUGCUUGCAAAUGUGCCCAAGGCAUGGAUUGUGACUAUGAAAGGUCCAUAUGUGCCUAUGAAAGUAGUUGGGGAAAGUGAGGUGCCAAAGGAAGAAGUUGAAUGGAAUGAUGAAGACUUGGUGAAGAUCAUGAUCAACAACAAAGCAAUCAACAUACUUCAAUGUGCUCUCAAUCCAACGGAAUUCCAUAGAGUUUCUAGGUGUGAUACGGCUAAGGAGAUGUGGGACAUGUUGAACGUAACACGUGAAGGAACAAGCCAAGUGAAGGAGUCAAAAAUGAAUAGACUCAUUUACAUGUAUGAGCUUUUCAAUAUGAAACCGGAGGAAAGCAUUCAAGAUAUGUAUACAAGAUUGAAUGAUAUAGUCACCAAUCUCAAGGCUCUUGGUAAAGUCUAUCCUCCUCAAAAAGUGGUGAGAAAGGUUCUUAGAAGCUUGCCUAAGAGUUGGGAAGCCAAGAAGACCGCAAUUGAAGAAUCUAAGGAUCUCAACACUCUCAAGCUUGAAGAUCUCAUUGGAAAAUUGAUGACAUAUGAGAUAGAAGUUCAAGUUGAUGGUGGAGUUGAAGUAGUUGAGAAGAAGAAGAAGGAUGUUGCAUUCAAGGCUAGCAAACAAAAAGAAGAAAGUGAAGAUGAUGCUAGCAAUGAUGAGUCUAGCAAUGAAGAGAACAUCACCAAAUUAGUUUCAAAGGAAGUGAAGAAAUACAUGAAGAAGAGCCUCAAAGGGAAAUCCUCUAGAAGAAACAAGGAAAUUCACUAUUCUAGAGGAAGACAAUGUAGUGAUGAUGAUGAUGAUAGAGGAAAGCCAAGUAAGAAGCAUAUCAAAUGCUAUGAGUGCAACAAGACGAGGCAUUAUAGAAAUGAAUGCUUUCAAUUGAAGAAGAGUGAGAGGAAAGACGAGAAGAGCAUGAAGAAGAAAGCUUUUGUUGCCACUUGGAGUGAUGAUGAAACUAGCUCAACGGAAAGUGAAAGCUCCUUGGAGAAUGGUGUUGCAAAUCUUUGCUUCAUGGCUCAAGAAGAUAGCUACAAUGAUGAGGAGGUAAACUCUAACUUCUCUAGUUCAAUUAACGAAAAUUCUUUUGAGUAUUCUUAUAAUGAUUUAUGCAAAGUUCUUGAUUGCUCUAUAAAUGAUAUCAAGAAACUAGGGAAUGAAAAUCUUGCUUUUACUAAAACCAUUUCAUUGCUUAAAAAUGAGAUUGAAUCUCUUUCAAAACAAAAUGAGGUUUUAGUUAAAGAGAAUGCCUUUUUAAAUGGUGAGAUUGCUUCUUUAAUGAAUGAGGAAUCUAAUAAUGCUUUGAAAAAGGAAAAUGAGGAUUUAAAGAAAGGAAAUGAAGAUUUAAAGAAGGAAAAUGAGGUUUUAAAGAGAAAAGCUUGUGAUCUUGAGAAUGUGAUUUCCAAAUUUACCUUGAGUAGAGAAAAAUUUGAUUCUAUCUUAAAAUCUCAAAGAAGUAUUUAUGACAAAGGGGGCAUUGGAUUUAAUUAUUCUAAAAAGCAAAAGACUUUUAAGACUACCUUUGUAAGAGCAAGUCAAUCCUAUCAUCCUAAUGUUACUUGCUAUUGUUGUGGUGCAAAUGGACACUUUGCUUAAUUAUGUCCUUUGAAGAGAUUGAUAGCUCAAGGUUGAUAGCAUGAAUUAAGGGGGAGCAUUUCGUGCUUAAAUUACUUUUCUUAAUGGUUAUCAUGCUUAAAUGCUUUAAAGAUUGAUGUGCAUGAAUUAAGAGGGAGUUAAUUGUUGAUUAUGUGCUUUUUGAUGAAUGACAAAAAGGGGGAGAGAAUAUGCUGAAUUUAAUGUCAUUUUCUAGAGUAUCUUGUGCUGAAAUUCUGGUUAAUAUUGAAGUAUAUAUGUGCUUUCAUUAAUUAAUUCUCAAAGUGUUUUGUCAUCAUAAAAAAGGGGGAGAUUGUUGUACCUAUGAUUUUGAUGAUUACAAAACACAUUUGAGUGACUAAUUGGUUUAUUUAAGUGUGUAGUUAAGUUGCUAAAAGAUUGCAAGUAAACUUGGAUUGCACUA